CAGCUCAUUAUUAUUUGGAUGAAGACAACCAACAAGAUGACUACGACAUUUCGAAUGGAGGAGUGAUUCAAUCUGCAAGGUUUGUGACAGCAAGGGAGUAUUACUGUUUCUUAAUACAAGCUAGAGAGGGGGUUUUUAAUAUCUUGUUAUUUGGAGGGUGACUUUUCCAACAAUGGGUCGUUGACAUGUAUAUCAAGAUUGAGUCUAUGAGGCUUGACUGGUACUCUAACCCUGUUAACCAGGAAAUUAUACGGGCUGAACUAUACCAGGGUCUUGUGGAUGUAAUUUCUGCCGGGGAGAAUAGAGCUUCAGAGGUUGGCAAGAGAAUUGUUUUGCCUCGUACAUUCCAAGGGGGUGAUCGUGAUAUGCAGCAAAGAUUUCUUAAUGCAAUGGCUAUUGUCCAACGUCUUGGGAAACCAGAUUACUUCAUCACAAUGACUUGCAAUCCAUACUGGGAGGAGAUUACAAACAAUCUUCUACCUGGCCAGACACCACAAGAUAGACCAGAGCUGGUUACAAUGGUAUACAGGGCCAAAUUACGAGACAUGAAAGAUCUAUUGAUCAAAAAAGCAUAUUUUGGCCAAGUUGCGGGCUAUGUGCAUGUUACCGAGUUUCAGAAAAGGGGAUUGCCACAUGAACAUAUUCUAUUGAUAAUGAACCUACACAAUAAGUUGACAAGCCCAGAUGCAUAUGACAAAGUGAUUUGUGCAGAGAUACCAGAGAAGGAUAAAUACCAUGUUUUGCAUAAUCUGGUCAUCAAGCAUAUGCUACAUGGACCUUGUGGAGUUUUAAAUAAAAAGUGUCCUUGUAUGGUCAAUGAAGAGUGUCGUUUUCGCUAUCCUCGACAAUUCUGUGCUGCAACUCAACAAGGAAAGGAUUCAUACCCUUUGUAUAGGAGGAGAGAUGAUGGGCGUCGUGUAAAGGUAAGAGGAUGUGUGUUAGAUAACAGGUGGGUGGUUCCAUACAAUCCUGGAUUGCUUAUGAGGUAAUAACUGCCACAUAAAUGUUGAAGCUUGCUCAAGCAUCAAAGCCAUUAAGUACAUGUGCAAAUAUGUUUACAAAGGCCACGAUCGUGCAUCAUUCUCAGUUGACCCUGCUCAUAAGGAAGAUGGAGUAAUCAAUGAGAUUCGGCAGUACAGGGAUGCCAGAUACAUAUCCCCACCUGAAGUUGUACAUAGGAUUCUUGGUUUUCCAUUGUUUGGUGUCAAUCCAUCUGUUUUGCAACUCCAAUGCCAUUUACCAGGUAUGCAGUCUGUUAUUAUUGACGAGACAACUAAACUACAAGACAUUGUCAAUGAGCCAACUUCUUCUAUGACAACACUCACAGAGUACUUCACUAAGAAUCGUGCUGAUAGUUUUGCAAGGACAUUAUUGUAUAAAGAUUUUCCAGAAUACUACAGGUGGAUUCAUGGUAGCAAGCGCUGGCAGAGAUGAAAACAAAGGGGACAGAUUGGUCGAAUUGUGUAUGCACACCCUGCUGAAGGGGAGAGAUAUUUCUUGAGAGUACUUCUAAAUCAUGUUAGAGGUGCAUACUCAUUUGAGGAUUUAAGAACAUUGGGUGACAUCACAUGCUCAACUUUCAGAGAAGCAUGCGAAAAAAGAGGACUCAUAGAGGCUGACAUGUCCCUUGAUGACUGCUUGAGUGAGGCUGCAACCUUUCAAAUGCCACCUGCUCUGCGAAGGUUAUUUGCAACAAUUCUUGUAUUUUGUGAGGCCACUAAUGUACGUGGACUGUGGGACAAACACAAUGACUCAAUGUCUGAAGAUUAUAACCGAGACAAUCCUAAAUUGACAUGCGUACAACAAAUGGUCCUUAAAGACAUUCGGGAGUUGGUUCGGUCGAUGGGGAAGGAUAUCAAAUCUUAUGAUCUUCCUGAGAUUAAUGAUACAGGUACUUUCCUCCAUUGUAAGCAAAUGAUUGUACUUAUUGCAAAUUAAGGGGUAUAUA